AUGAAAGAUUGUGUAAAUACAAAAGUUAUAGAGAAAAAGCGCCAAGAUACAUUAGAGAUAUGCCGAUUAUUCGAGGAACAAAAUAUGUUGGAAAAUAAAGGACGUGCACGUCAAAAAAGAGAAGUGGAAGAUAAAGGAAACGGUCUUAAUAAUGAAGACUUGAGAAGGGUUGAAAAAAUUGUCGACAAACUUUACGAUGAUGUAAAUGAAGAUGGUCGAUGGGUGAAAUUAGAUAACAGGCGUUUUAAUUUCGCACCAGCCAGUCUACUGGGACCAGAGACGAAAGAAAAUGAAGCAAAGACAUUGAUUGAUACAAAUACUAACAAAAUGCCAUGGAUCAAAAAGUGGUAUCAUGGAAUUGUACCUUAUUUUAUUGACGCUAAUACAUACGAUGUUCAGCUAGCUGAACUUAUAACGAAAGCGUUUGACUAUUUCGAGAAGGUCACCUGUAUUCGUCUCCAGCGUCUCAGGAGCCGGCCAAUAGACAAACAGUCGUUGCAGAGCGUAGAGUGGCUGUACAUAACCAAUCCUUCUGGGAUCCGCCAAUGCGUCCACAGCAACGAGAGAAAACCUAAUAACGGAGUUCAGAUGGUAGUAAUUGGUUACGACUGCAUGUCCCUUGGGGAAAUCGUACACGAAUUGAUGCAUAUAUUGGGUUUCUCACACGAACACAACCGACCAGAUAGAGACAGACAUAUCACUAUACUUUGGGACAAUAUAAAAGCAUAUCUAUGGUACAAGAAGUAUUUCUCACUUCGACAAGAAGACCCUCUAUUGUCUCUACCAUACGAUUAUGUUAGUGUGUUGCAUUAUCCACCGAGGGCGUUUUCCAAAAACGGUCAAUUUACCAUCACGGCAGAGAAGGGCAUAAAAAUCGGUCAAAGAGAAGGUUUGAGCGAAAUAGAUCUCCAGAAGGUCGCCAUGGUAUACAACGGUGAAUGCUCUGAAAGGAACAAGGAAUACUUGCUAGAGACCUGCCCCAGUGUGAUCAACACGAAGUACGACCAGGAAACGGCUACUCCAGAAGAAAUUGACGAUUACUUCAGAGAAAGGAUAUGGCCGUUUAGCAUUAUUAAUUACAAAUUUAGGGACGAUAUGGAGUUCACCACAGAAGAAAAAGAUAACAUUCAAGCAGUAAUGCGACAUAUUGAAAAAGAGACUUGCAUAGAAUUCAGAGAUCUAAAUGCAUAUAAAGGCUCUUCUGAAAAAGAGGAGAAAUCAAAGGAAAGACUCGAAGAUGCGCGAUCAUCAGAGAAACUAACACAAGAUACUACGAUCAGUUUAGAUAUAAGUAAUAAUACCCUUAAGGGUAAUUUACCAACUCGUGCUAAUGUGCGAAUGACAUAUAGAAUCCGGAAUACAACCAAAGUGCCUUUUAGAGAAAUGGAUAACGAAAUUUUAGAUGACGAUACUGAUUUAGACAAAGUUAAGAUUUCAAAACCAAAGCCAAAGAGAAUAAAGCGAAACACUGCAAUAUCACCCUCAAGACGGCACGCGGCAAAUAUUCUGACUUUAGUAAGAACAGCAGAACCAGGUUGCGAAUGUCAUUCCCCAGGUAGACCAAAUGGCCAUAAGGUUCUAGCAAUAAACGGUGACUGUUUUAAUUCAGUGAACGACCUUUUGCACUUUUUUGUUCAUUUAUUGGGAUUAGACCACCAACAUAACAUGCACGAUCGCGACUCGUUUCUGAAGAUUCUGUGGGAUAAUCUUACACCGCGUACGAACUUUUUUUAUUUUCUUAUCCCUAUAGCCUUAGAUAAUAGUGAUGCGGUUAGUAUUGCGUUAAGAAUCGUACUAGAAAUAAAAUCGGAAAUGUCACGGAAACUCCCACCCGCGGCGUCCGCUGGCUUUUCUUAUGACUACCAGAGCGUGAUGCACUAUCCCUGGUUGCAAAUCAAGGACGGCGUCACAAAUAUUAUGUAUCCCAUAUGGAACAUCAGAAGUGUAAUUAAAGGUCGCUGUAACAAUCAAAUGUUCUUCUUAGAACGAUGGAUGGGCGAUGGGUCACUGGCAGGGCCUCAGUUACACCGAUGUGCAAAAGUUGAAUCUGAUCUACAAGGACCAGUGUUCUCUACGGAGUGA